AUGCCCAGAAUCGCCAAACAGGCGGCUGCGUACAAGAUUCGCAAGAACGUUCUUGACAACAUCAGCAAGUGUCCCAAGUCCAUUGUUGAUGCGGCCCCAAAACGGCAGACGGCCGUGACAUCGACGCCACCUGCUGCGACCUUUACCGCCAAACAGACGGAGCUUACGACUCCACCUCCCACCAGUAUCCAGGCUGCCAUGCGGGUUCCCGCGGAGUUUGCUGCCGCGCUCAACAACCAUGCCAUGGCAUUGCAUCGGAACGCGGAUUCGUCAGCGACCCAGCAUACCUCAGCAAAGCAUUGCAUUCGUCUACGAGCCAGCGGGGGCGUCGACAAAAUGACAUCAAGCAAGAACAUUCCGAACAUUCCAGUACCCCUGAAUCAAGAACCCCCUUUCGUCAUUCUGCAGCACGGCUAG